CGCGGGCAACCACCACCGAUGGCGCCUCUCCGCCGCCGCGCUCCCCGCUCCUCCCCUCCCCUCCUCCUCUUCCUUCUCCUCCUUCUCAUCGCUGCCUUGGCCAACUUAGCGCCCGCCGCUGCCGCCGCGGACGUCCUCGCCAAGUCCCGCCUGGAGAGCUGCGUCCGCGACACGGACGACGGCGGCCGCCGCCUCACCUGCGACAGCAAGCUCGUCCUCGACGUGGCCGUCCCCAGUGACUCCAGCGGCGGGGAGGCGUCGCUGGUGGCGAAGGUGGCGGACGUGGAGGAGAACGACACGGAGGCGACGCCGAUGCGCAUUCGGGAUCCCCCCGUCAUCACCAUCAACAAGUCCGAGGUGUUUGCACUCUACGCCCUCACUUACCUCAGGGAUGUUUCUUACAAACCUGAGGAGAAAUUUGUGAAGACACGGAAAUGUGAGCCUGAUGCUGGUUCUGAAGUUGUCAAAUUUUGUGAAAGGUUACGGGAUGAGAAAGGUCAAAUAAUUGAUCAUACAGAGCCUGUUUGUUGUCCCUGUGGGCCUCACCGCCGUGCACCUUCAUCCUGUGGAAACAUAUUUAAUAAAAUAGCAAAAGGAAAAGCUAAUACAGCUCACUGUCUACGUUUUCCAGAUGAUUGGUUUCAUGUUUUCGAAAUUGGGAGAAGAUCUCUUGGGUUCAGCAUCAGCGUACAAGUAAAGAAAGCCUCGUCUGUAUCUAAGGUUAUUGUUGGUCCAGACAAUAGAACAGUUGUUUCUAAAGACAAUUUUCUGAGAGUAAAAUUAGUUGGCGACUUUGUUGGCUAUACAAGUAUUCCCUCUUUUGAGGACUUCUACCUUGUGACUCCACGCAAGGGUGUUGGAGGUGGUGAACCGCAAGUAGGUGAUGAUUUUUCGAGGUGGAUGCUGUUGGAGAGAGUCCGGUUUACAUUAGAUGGUCUUGAAUGCAACAAGAUUGGUGUUGGCUAUGAAGCGUACAGCAGCCAGCCUAACUUUUGUUCCUCACCACUUCAGAGCUGCUUGGGUGACCAGCUUUGGAAUUUUUGGGAGAGUGACAAAAUUAGGGUAAACAAUAGCCAACCGCCCCAAUAUCUUGUUCAGGGAAGGUUUGAAAGGAUCAAUCAACAUCCGAACGCGGGAGUUCAAACAUUUUCUGUGGGACUCACAGAAGUUCUCAAUACCAAUCUACUGAUUGAGUUGAAUGCUGAUGACAUAGAAUAUAUUUAUCAGAGAAGCCCAGGGAAGAUAAUUAGCAUUAACGUCUCUACAUUUGAAGCCUUAAGUCAAGUUGGCACCGCUCAAGUUAAAACCAAGAAUAUUGGAAAACUUGAAGCUUCAUAUAGCUUGACGUUUGGCUGUUCAAGCGGCAUCAAUCCCGUGGAGGAGCAAUCCUUUAUCAUGAAGCCUGAUGAAGAAAUUAUUCGGUCAUUUGAUUUGCAUUCAUCAACAGUCCAAGCAUCAAACUAUACAUGUAAAGCUAUUUUGAAGGGGUCAAAUUUCAGUGAACUUGACAGAAAAGAAUGUCAAUUCUCAACCACAGCUACAGUUCUUAACAAUGGAACACAGAUUGGUUCGCCAGUUAACCAUGCAAAGGGUGGCAUCUGGGGUUUCUUCGAAGACAUCAAAGCCUGGUUGAGCUCAAUGUGGGGUGGGCUGAUUAAUUUCUUCACUGGCAUGCCAUGCAGUACAAGAUGUUCAAGCUUUUUCAAGUUGGUCAUGUAUGGCAUGCUAUUCCUCGCAGUCAUGUGGUUUCUACACCAAAAAGGUCUCUUCGAUCCAAUAUACGAUUGGUGGGAUGAUGUGUUCGGGUUGUCGGAGGCACGGUCCCACCAAAGACACAAGAGAUCUCAUAGCCUCAGGAACUACCACCACCACCACAAGAGACACAAGAGCGAGCCUGUCAGUGGUCAUCGCCACCACUCGCACCGCAUCCUCCACAAGGACCACGACGACGACCACCACCGCUUGGCGGCAGAGCACGUCCUCUACCGACACGACAGGCACGAGGCAGCUCUCAGCGUGCAGCAUAGGGACAAACUCCACAUUCACAAGCAUCGGCAUGCUGGCAAGGUGGUGCCACCGAGGGAGUUCAUAUGGGACGUCGCUAGCGUGUCGAAGCUCAAAGAUCAGGGGCACAACGAGUGAUCGAUCGCGAAAACGCAACAGUCUUGUGCUCCUAGUGUCCUGAGUCCUGACACGUCUAUUAUCAUGAUGUAAAUAUAGCUGACCCGAUUGUGAAUGCUCUAUUGUGGUUUAUUAACUUGAUAGGCUGAUUGUUUCACUGAAAUUAAGCAUUGGUGAAACAACUUAUUAACAAAUAAAAAAUAAUUUAUA